AUGGCAAGACUGUCGAAUCGACCUCAGUUGAGCCACCCAAGCUCUUCUUCGCAAGGCUUAAACUUUACUGUUCCAAGCUGGCCUCGCUCGCAUAAUCAGCAAAAUAUUCAAAAUCCCGUGCAUGCAGAUGUUGUGAACAAGAAAGAUCAUGACGAGCUGAAAAGGAAGUACCUACAACAGAAUACAGCGUUGGCAAGGACAAAUUCAGUCCUCCGGAAUGGAAUGAGCGAAUUGGAAAGACAAGUUCAGCAAUUAGUUUCUGAGAACAUCAGGCUCAAGGCGAAAGAGCAUGUAGCGAAUGAGAAUCGAAAGAGUCAGAUGGAUGACGAGUUGGCCAUCUUGGAAACUGGAAUUGCAUCUAAACUGCGGGAUGUAUUCGCCAUGUUCGAGAGCAUAAGACGGAGGGAAGGAUUACCAUCUUCAGUUGUGAGUUUGGAGUUUUCCAACGUUGAUUUGGACAGUUUCAAAGGCUCGCUUUUGCAGAAUACAGGGAACUAUGAUGCUGGAGCGUCUAAUCGCCGCCGCAAAUCGUCAUCUAGAAGACAAUCGUCGCUGUUUAUUCAUUCUCCUGAUAAUCCUGUUGGAUUAGUCCAACAGCACGGUCCUCCCAAGACGGUUGUGCCUAUGUUAACACCCAGAUCGACGAACGCCGUUGUUGAGGAACCCACGAAAAGCGCGAGAUCGCACGAAGCUUUUGAGAGCGCACAGAAAAGAUUCGAGAGCCUUUUACAGGAUCAUUCCACAGACAUGUCAAUUUCUGACUACUCCAUUCCGGAGGAAAGCCCCAGGCCGGAGUCCCGCCAAAUACCGAGACUGAGGUUGAGCGAGGCAAAUAUCGUCAUAGAGCCCGAAGUGAGGAAUACGAGUCCACAAAAGACACCACAGAAAAUUAUGCGCACUCCAGUCACCAGUCCACAUAAGAAACCAAAGAGUGUCUCGUUGCGUGAAACUACACAGAAGAAGCUGCAAAGAGCCUCUUUGAGCUCACAACAAGCGAAGCAAGUUGGCGAUAAGCAGACUUCCAGGCGAAAGACGAUGGGUUGCCCAAUAGAAAGGCCUCUCGAGGAAGAUUCGAUAUUCAGUGCAACAAGGGAAACCCGUCGCAAGAAGCCUGUGAACUACGCAGAGCCAUCUCUCAAUAAGAAAAUGAGACGGCAGUCAGAAAAGUUUGUGGAUGCAGUUUAUGACUCCAGUGUACUGAAGAUUGAGGUUCCUGAGUCUACACAACCGUCGGAAACGCAAAAAACGCCGGUUGUUAUCGGGACUGCGGUUGCAGAAUCUACGCCUCCAUCAACAUCAACGGAAACCAACGCAACCUCUACUGAACAGAUCCCGAGACCCUCAACAGCCGAGUCAUUGCUGAACCUAGAAUCUGCAGAAACCAUGGAGAUGAUUCCCGUGAAGCCGCGGCGCAAUGUGGCUGUAAGACCCAAAUCCCAGGAUCGUAUACCGCUAUCCAAUGUGACAAAUCAGCGUGCAAACACUACCAAGAGGAAGAGCUUCGUAAAGCACAAAGAAAGUUCUUCUGGUUUUUCUGUCUUCUCCGAUGACCAUGGCGUUUCAAAGAAGCGUCCCAGGGUUGAAGAUAUGUCGAUCUUUGAUUUUGUGGACGAUCCAGAGGAGUAUUACGCUCCCAACAAGAGAAAAACCAGCUUUGGAAACGAUACCCGCGGACUAAUGGGUAGGGCCAACGAGAGGAGGCGUCAUAGCAUGAUGUGA